UGUGUAUCUAUAUAUAUCCUUCCUCUCUACUUGCUCACAACAUAACCUUCCUUCCUUGAAUUGAAAGACAAAUAUAUCCUCCACGCCUACUAAACUUACUACACCUAAGAUGACGAAAACAGGUUACAUUAAUGCUGCUUUUCGUUCAUCUCAGAAUAAUGAAGCUUAUCUUUUCAUCAAUGAUAAGUACGUGUUGUUAGAUUAUGCUCCAGGAACCAGCAACGAUAAGGUUUUGUAUGGACCAACUCCUGUUCGUGAUGGUUUCAAAUCACUUAAUCAAACCGUAUUUGGAAGCUACGGAGUUGAUUGUAGCUUCGACACCGAUAAUGAUGAAGCUUUCAUCUUUUAUGAAAAGUUUUGUGCUCUCAUAGACUAUGCUCCACAUUCCAACAAAGACAAAAUCAUCUUAGGUCCUAAGAAAAUUGCUGACAUGUUUCCUUUUUUCGAAGGAACUGUGUUUGAAAACGGGAUAGACGCGGCAUACAGAUCAACUAGGGGCAAAGAAGUUUACUUAUUCAAAGGAGAUCAGUAUGCUCGUAUAGACUAUGAAACCAACAGUAUGGUUAAUAAAGAAAUCAAAAGCAUUCGCAACGGAUUUCCUUGUUUCCGUAACACAAUCUUUGAGAGUGGAACGGAUGCAGCGUUUGCUUCUCACAAGACAAAUGAAGUUUACUUUUUCAAAGGUGACUACUAUGCACGUGUUACUGUUACACCAGGCGCAACAGAUGAUCAAAUUAUGGAUGGUGUGAGGAAAACUCUUGACUAUUGGCCAUCUCUUCGUGGCAUAAUACCUCUUGAGAAUUAAGUGAGGCUGUGACGGUUUGCUGGUAUGAUAAUUAAGAAUAAAGAUCCUUGUCGUUGUUAAUAUAUGCUUUUUUUUUCUUCUGUAAUAUGUGUGUCGUUGUUUGUUUAUGUUUCUUAAUGUAAUAAAAGUGUGGUUCUCUUGGAUGUUUUCCACACAUUGUAAGCUCUACAUAAUGCACUUGCACUAUAUGCAGGGUGAAUAUAAUAAAAAACCUUUGGUACUUUUUAUA